UCAGUUCCACGGCGAAUGCCCGGCGGUGAGCAAGUGGGCAAAUCUGGAUCUGGUAUCUGGCUGAGUGGGGCCCGGCAUAAAACGGAAAACUUGUUAGGAUGGAUAAACUGCGAGGCAACAAUGCGGCUGGCGAGAAUCCCUUCAAGCGCCCGAUGAAUGCCCUCCAGAAGCAGUGGUACCGCGUCCUGCUGGCCCGCCGUGUGGGAUUCGGGCAGCGUCCUCCGCCCGACGAAAAGGAGCUAACGUACGCCGACAUUUGUCGUAAGCGCUAUGCGACAUCGUUCCGGCGAUACAACGAGUGUUUCCGCCGGGAAAUGGCCAAACAUGAGGAGAUGCAGCGAUGCGCCAUCGACGCCAUGAGGGUACACAGAACCUUUGCCAUCACCACACUUUGGCUGCCCUUGCACUCGAAGCGGGAAAUCAACUCCACACUGGAAACCCUCGAAAAGGUUCUCACCGCCAAGGAAAGACGACGCCUGCAGGAGAUUCUCAAGCAGGGAGAGUCCUGGCACUCGCACCGCUGAAGCUACAUCCCAGGUCACUACUCAGAUUCAGAUUCAGAUUCAGAUUCUGAUUCUGGCUCGGAUUCAGAUUCCGAGCCUUACUCAUCCCCUGCACAUCACCAUCAUUAUCAUCAUCAUCAGCUGCCACGGCUAAGUGAAUUCCAUUUAGCUUGGAUUUCAGUCUUCCAGGGAGCCUGAUUUUCUUUUUUCACUUUUCCUUCGCUUUGUUCUUGAAAUUUCGCUGUCAGUGGCCAAAGCACUGUCGUAAAUAUUUAAUACCAGUAAAAGUGCAAAGUUCACUUUGGCUAAAACCGAAACUGUGUUGGGACGAGAUCAAUUUUCUGGGAAGGGGAUACUCGGGAUUAUUAAAAGGUUAUAGAACUUGCUCGCUCAAAUGGAUUGCUGCACUUCAGUUGCAAUGAGUUCUUACCCUCUCUCAUCUUAACUAUAUUGAUUGUAAUACUACCAUUUCUAAGCAUUAAGAUUACAAUCUAUUAUUGUUUAAAGAUACACUUCUUGACCUAACGUGUGCCAUAUUUCAAGGGAUUUAGAUUUAUUAUGUUUUCGUUGACCAUUGAUUUAGCCUAUUAAAAACUGCUGCCUAGGGCAAAGUUGUUCAAUGUAAA